ACUAGGGCCGCUUUUCUUUACUUCAUUUCUGGCUUCUCUUCUUGCUUCACGUUCCUCGUUCCUUUUCGCUACUCGCUUCUUCUCUGGAGCUCCGUUUCCGAUGGCUGCAGUUGCCGGAUCCAACGUCCUUGCUUUCAGAUCCGUCGCGAAAUUAGGAGAUUCCUAUGACAGAAAAAUCGUUCAGGCUAGGCAAUGGUCUCCUAUUUCCAGCGCAGUAGGAUCGGUUCACUCUUGGCCUCGGAUUGGUCUUCAGUGCAGAUUGAGGAGCUCGAUUUCGUCCUCGGGGGGAAGAGUUCAGGUUGCCACUAUUGAACAAGCUAGCACCGAAGAUGGUCAAAAAGUAGAAGCUCCAGUAGCAAUAGUAACUGGAGCCUCUAGAGGAAUUGGUAGAGCAAUUGCAUUGGCCUUGGGGAAAGCAGGCUGCAAGGUCCUUGUAAAUUAUGCUAGGUCAUCAAAGGAGGCAGAGGAAGUUUCUAAAGAGAUUGAGGCAUGUGGUGGCCAGGCUCUUACUUUUGGUGGAGAUGUCUCAAAAGAAGCUGAUGUUGAAUCAAUGAUCAAAACUGCUGUUGAUGCAUGGGGAAGUGUUGACAUUUUGAUCAAUAAUGCAGGAAUUACCCGGGAUACUUUGUUGAUGAGAAUGAAGAAAUCUCAAUGGCAGGAGGUUAUUGAUCUGAACCUUACAGGAGUCUUCCUUUGUACACAGGCUGCAGCCAAAAUCAUGAUGAAGAAGAAAAAGGGAAGAAUAAUCAAUAUAGCAUCAGUUGUUGGUCUGGUUGGCAACGUCGGGCAAGCCAACUACAGUGCUGCAAAGGCAGGAGUUAUUGGCCUGACAAAGAGUGUUGCAAAGGAAUAUGCAAGCAGAAACAUUAAUGUAAAUGCUGUUGCUCCAGGUUUCAUUGCAUCCGAUAUGACUGCCAAACUUGGGGAAGACAUUGAGAAGAAAAUCUUGGGGUCAAUCCCCUUAGGCUAUUUGUUAAGUUAUAAAAUUGUGGGAAUAAUCAUCAUAUUCAUCAUGCAUACAGGGAGAUAUGGCCAACCAGAAGAAGUUGCUGGAUUGGUGGAAUUUUUGGCCCUCAAUCCUGCUGCCAGUUACAUCACUGGACAGGUGUUCACCAUUGAUGGUGGAAUGGUCAUGUAGGUCAGUUACCCUCACCGGUUAAAGCUUCAGAAUUCAGAAUGUUCUUUGCAACUACUUCUUAACUGCAACAUGAUUAAAUUGUUUAGUGGAUGCUGUUGCUAUAGAGUUUUAUCUUCACAUGUCAGAAGAUAAAACACUCCCAAGUUUUGCCGCGUUUUUCUUAGCAUGUAAUAACAAGCAAAGAGGUAUACAACAGUUUUUUAGUCUUUCAUUUGGCACCAUGGAAAAUGCAGUUUUUCAGAUGUUGCACAUGUUGUCGUAUCGGAGCUUCAAAACUAUUUUAAUUUGUUAUAAAUUCUCUUUUUAUUGUUACUUAGAUAAUUUUUGGUUCAUACUUGAUUACUCUUUAUUUAUUUUAUUUUGAGUUGCACAAUGGUACUUGAUUACUCCUUUGGAUAUUAAUUAAUGUUAUACAAAUUC